CUGGGCUGAAACUUGAAACUCCCUCCCUGACUCAAAUCCCCUCUUUGACACACACACACACACAGAGACACACACAUUUAGCUGUGGAUGUCAGGAAGGCUGUGAACUGACAAACACAGCAGUCUCUCUACUUGUGCGGAGAAAGAGGAAUGGAGUGAUUGUUGGACGAGGAGGACUGGAAGCAGAGAGAAGAGCGUGAACGAGGGCUGGACUCUGGCCUGAUGUCCCACCGGGCAGAUUUGGUGUCAGCGUUUGGUGUCACAGGAGCUGAAGAGGAGAACCCCCACUUGCUGCUUCAUUUCUCUUUUGGAUAUGAGAUUUCUACUUGAACUGAUUAAAACUCCAGCUGGGAUUUUUGUCACUUUAUACUGGAAAUGCAAAGAUAUUCCAAGGCAACACAUGCCCUAAGAGAGACCGUUUCUCAAGCUUUAAAUAAAUCUGACAACCGAUGUUGAAAGUGUCUGACCGACUGAGUGAGGAGGGUAUUUCCAGAACGUUAGACAAGACAACGUUUCAAGUCAGCAGGUUUAUGCAGAACUUACCCAACAACUGAGAGAAUCAAAAUCUGAAAAAUUAAACUGGACUUUGAUCGUCUGUGGAUGCAAAAAAAAAAAAGGAAGAAUAUGCAGAGAUACAUUUCUCUACCUGCAGGAGUUUGUCUCAGUUGGUGUUUUGCUGAAUCUUGCAGAACCUCAAGUUUGCUGUGAUUUGGGAAAACGACAGAUGAGAGGGAAUUAGCUCAUUUGGAAAUAAAUAAGCAUUCGGUUUUCUUUUGAGGACGAGCACGAGGACCAGACGUAUGAGGAGGAGGAAUAUCUGCAUUGUCACUCCAUCGUCCACAAGAUUUUAAUGACAGAGACAAACUGACUGCUAACAAACCGAACACUCAGCGACCAUCAGCAGAUGGAGAGGAAUGAGGAGGUGAAGUUUGGCGGCGCGGCCAUGUCUCUGCCUGCAGACCUGAGCUGCCUGCAGGGCGUCGGGGGGGCGGAGGGGGAGGCGGCUCUGGCCACGCUGGAGAAACAGCUGAUCUGUCCCAUCUGUCUGGAGCUCUUCAACAAACCCGUGGUGAUCCUGCCCUGCCAGCACAACCUCUGCAGGAAGUGUGCCAACGAGCUCUACCAGCCCUCCCUGUUCCAGGCUCGCACCACCAUGAUGUUAAGCAGCGGGCGUUUCCGCUGCCCGUCCUGCCGACAGGAGGUGGUGCUGGAUCGCCACGGAGUCUUCGGCCUGCAGAGGAACCUGCUGGUGGAGAACAUCAUCGACGUCUACAAACAAGAGGUCGCCAACUACAACAACAAGACGGCAAGCGCCCUCCCUCCUCCUCCCUCUCCUGCUCAGCCGACGUGUCCGGACCACGAGGGGGAGAAGGUGAACAUCUACUGUCUCACCUGUAAGGUCCCCACAUGUUCUCUGUGCAAGGUGUUCGGGGCUCAUCAGUCCUGUCAGGUGGCUCCUCUGAGCGACGUCUACCAGCUGCAGAAGGAUGAGCUGAGUGAGGAGGUCAGCUCUCUGAAGGCGUACAACGACAAAGUCCAGGCUGUGAUCGACGACCUGGAGCAGACCUGCAGAAACAUAGAGGAAAACUCCAAGACGCAGAAACAGAGAGUGUGUGAGCAGCUCGAUCAUGUGUUGUCCAUCCUGGACGAGAGGCGGAAGGCGAUGAUGGAGCAGAUCACCUCCGAGCAGGACGAUAAGACGGGACACGCCCAGUCGUUGAUCCGUUGCUAUAGAGACAGCGUGGAGGCCAACAACAGGCUGAUGGAGAGAGCAGCGAGCAGCAUGGAGGAGGCGGACGUGGCUGCUUUUGUUCAGAGUUCGAGAGAGCUCGUGACAAUAGUUUUGGCAGCAGCCAGCUUUUCUCCAGCGGAGACUCUGACGCCGGGUUACGAGAGUUUGAGUAACUACACGUUUAACUUCAGCCGACAGGAGCGAGCGCUGAGGAGCAUCGACUUCCCCAAACAAGACGUUCCUGCAGAACCAGAACCAGAACCAGAACCAGAACCAGAAGAACCCAAAGAAACCUCAGUCCAGAACAUAGAGCCAAAACAUCAUCAGCAAACCCAAAUCCAGAACCAGGAAUCUGCAGCACAGCCGGUCAAAGAAACCAUCCCAGUGUCGAUAACCUCCUCACCAGUGGAACCAGUUCAGACAGCUGCACCAACACCAGUCCCAGUUCUCCCAGUUCUUCCAGCUGCAGAUCUGCUGAGAGACUCGGUGCAUCGUGCGGGAGCGGUUCUGCAGCCAGAGAGUGAAACCCUGGACUUAAACGAUGGAGGAUCAGGUGUGAUGAAGAACGAGAACGAGAAGGAGGAGGAGGAGGAGGAGGAGGAGGAGGAGGAGGAGGAGAGAUGUGCAGCUCCUGAUCCCGUUAAAGAGGAAAACAUCAGCGAACAACACGAGGGAAUGAGCACACUACAGGUGAUCACUCUGAUCUUCUACCUGUUGGCCUUCCUGGUCAUCCUGCAGAGAGUCUGGGCUUACAUCGGCUGCUUCAUUCUCAUAUAAACACGAGCAGGAGACACAACCAUCCUCACUGCUGCACCACUCAGUGAGGCUCCUUCCUGACCCAGAUUCUGCGUCUCCUUGUUGAACCUCAUCCUAACCACUAGGCCUCAGCGCCCCGUGUGUCGGCCUGGUUUGUUGAUAAAGUUGAUCUUCAUACUUCAGGUGUUGCUGCAGCUUUCUGACCUCUUCAAACCUUGAUAGUUGGUGAAGUUGUGCCAGAAAACCCCGCUCUGCUUCUCAAGGAGAACGUCAGAAGAAGAAGAAGAAGAAGAAGAAGAAGAAGAAGAAGAAGAAGAAGAAGAAGAAGAAGCAUCAUCUGGACUCUGUU